GCGGUGGUCUCCAUCAUGGCGGCUUCCAUUUCGGGCUACACGUUCAGUUCCGUCUGUUACUACAGCGCCAACAGCAGCGCGGAUCACGAAGGAUUUCUACUGGGAGAAGUAAGACAAGAGGAGACAUUUAGCAUCAGUGAUUCACAAAUCAGCAACACUGAAUUUCUGCAAGUAAUCGAAAUCCAUGACCACGAGCCUUGUUCAAAACUCUUUAGCUUUUAUGACUAUGCAGGCAAAGUUAAUGAAGAGAGUUUGGACAGAAUUCUUAAAGAUCGAAGAAAAAAUGUUAUUGGAUGGUACAGAUUUAGGAGAAACACUCAGCAACAAAUGUCAUAUAGAGAGCACAUCAUCCAUAAACAGCUGACACACAUUCUUGGAGUGCCUGACCUUGUCUUCCUUCUCUUCAGCUUCAUCUCGACUGCAAAUAACUCAACACAUGCUUUAGAGUAUGUGCUCUUUAGACCAAACCGAAGGUAUAAUCAAAGGGUGUCGCUUGCAAUUCCCAAUCUAGGCAAUACUAGUCAGCAGGAGUACAAAGUUUCUUCAGUGCCAAAUACUUCUCAGAAUUAUGCCAAAGUUAUUAAGGAACAUGGUACUGAUUUUUUUGAUAAAGAUGGAGUGAUGAAGGACAUCAGGGCUAUAUAUCAGGUUUAUAAUGCACUUCAGGAAAAAGUACAGGCAGUGUGUAUAGAUGUAGAAAAGAGUGAACGAGUUGUUGAAUCUUUCCAAGCUGAUGUAAACAAACUAAAAGGGCAAAUAACACAAAGAAAAAACGAAAAGGAGCAAAAACUAAGACUGCAGCAAGCCAUCUUAACCAGGCAAAUGUCAACUGAUAAUUUGGAAUCUAUGUUUCCUCCACGAAUGUCGUACCCUGGAUUUGCUGUGGAAGGUUGCACACUUGAAAACUCAGAUGCCUCUGAUCCCCCUCCUCCUUAUUCUGAUUUCAGUGUGAGCAAUCAAGAAAGUACUUUGGGGCAUAGUCUCUCCGAAAGCAAUGUUUUCAUGCCUCGACCUCAAGCAGUGGGCUCUUCCAAUUACGUUUCCACAAAUGCAGGAUUGAAGUAUUCUGGCAAUGGCGCAUCCAUGCCUUCCUCCCAAAGAGCAGUUGGUGACAUUGUUGAUGAAUCAGAAGACAGUGAUUAUGAGAACUUGCUUGAACCUACAGAGUCAUCUGACAGUGAAUACUCACAGACAAGGGAUUCACGAUCCCUGACUCAUCCUGAUGGGGAUUCCAGGAACACACAAACCUCCCAGAUAUAAUAGAACAAAAACUCAACAUGGCACUCUUUUUCAUAAUUGUUACAGAAAAAUUUUGGGGAUUUAACCUGGAGAAAAUAAACUACAAAGAGGAUUACUGUGCACAGAAAAUGUAGAAGACUUGCACUAGAUGGCUUAUUCACCUUGUGAUGCAUUUUGCAAGUUUUAUAAUGGAAUCAUUAGGAUAAUCAAGUUGUGUUAAUGUUGAUGAGGUUCAUGGAUGUACUGGUAAAUUUAGGCAAAUGAAAUUUCUAGAAACCUUGUAGCUUGUGUUGCCAUAUUUUCUUUAAGACAAUAAAUUGGGAUUUAGUGACUAAGCACAGUUAGUCUACAAAUAACAAUGUUCUCUAAAAUCAAAACUUACCUCUUGCACUAUCAUGCCUUGAAUUUUAGUUUUUGAAAGGGAAACAAUUUAUCAGUAGCCUUCAAAGCAACUUUCUAUGGUGAGCCAAAUUGAUCUUUACCAGAAAUGAAAUUUUGAUAAUUCCAAGAAGUCUGAUUGGAACAAAUGUGGUCUACCUUCUUCUGUGUACAUGCUCUUUUAAUAGAGAAGGGGUUUGUUUCAAUUUUUUGUACUAGCCUAAUGUAUAUCAUUUCAAAUGACUGUUGCCUUUUUUCUGUAGGAAAAACUUACUGGUAAAUCAUCCAAAUGAAUGUCAUAAGCAUACUUUGGUUUUGGUGGGUUUACAAUGGCUCUAUGCCACGCUAGCCUCAUUUACAGUCUCAUUUUUGUACUAAAAAUAUGAAGUGCACCUAGUAAAUUACAAACAGUAGUUAAUUCACAAUUGGGCUUUAGAAUCUACAAAUUCCAAAUGUUAUAAACUAUUUGCAAUUUCUUUGCAAUCUGUGCAUUGAAUUUAUACUUCUGUACAGUUUAUUUUAUGUAAGAAAUCGGGGAUUGCGUUGGGGAAGGUUGUUUAGAGAUUCACCUGGGUUUAUUAACUCUUUCACCACUGGGUGAAGUACACAAACAUUUAUUUUAAUUUGACUCGCAGCUCUUGUCAGAAAUUUGCCAUUUUGGAAACAUGAAAUGUGGUAUAUUUAGAGAAUUUAUGUUUGGAUGCACUUAUAUUUUUAUUUAAUUACUGCUUGUAUUCUAAUUUUGCCCAAAAGAUGUGAAAUUGUGCUAUUAAAAAGUCUGUGUACUA